GUUCCAGCCGUCUCCGUAUGUUGGAUAUCCUUUCUUCAUGAUCCCAGACCUCGGGAACCUCUGCAGUCCUUACCUCGCUAACGGGGCGCUCACACCUGGAGCACGCACGUAUCUGCCGUUCCAGUGGCCUCUGCUUCGACGUACCAGGAAGAUCUGCUAUGAGAGACUCUGCUACUCCUACACACCUGAGCAACAACGUGGUUCAGCAUCCUCACAUGACUCACCUGCACCCGCUGCUCUCCUACAGUCCAGAAGCCUUCUCACCUCAGAGAGCCUCACCUGGCUUCUCUCCUGAUGCAGGAAUGUCGAGGCCUCCUCACUCCGCCUGCUACCCCGUCUCUCCUGGAGGAAUGGCUCAGAUCCCUCAUCCUCUGGGCUGGCUACAGGGGCAGCACAUGUAUCCCAUCGCUGGAGGAUUCUCUCCCGCUGCUCUCGCCAUGAACGCCUCCGUGUCGAGUUUGGUGUCUGGCGGCUUCUCUCCUCGUCUGGUGCCGACGUCUCAAUCGUCCAUUCCUCAUCCUGCCAUCGUCUCUACGGGAGUGAAGCAGGAGCCUGAAGGCAGCGGCCAGCACGGGAAGAUGCUGGCUGACUCUCAGCAGGAGAAGAUGGAGGAGAGGAAGCCUCACAUCAAGAAGCCGCUCAACGCGUUCAUGUUGUACAUGAGAGAAGAACGACCCAAAGUAGUCGCUCAGUGCAAAGUGAAGGAGAGCGCCACCAUCAACCAGAUCCUGGGACAGAGGUGGCAUUCUCUGUCCAAAGAGGAUCAAGCCAAAUAUUAUGAACUGGCUCGUAAAGAGAGACUGCUCCACUCUAAACUUUACCCUGGCUGGUCAGCAAGAGACAACUAUGGUAAAAAGAAAAAGAGGAAGAGAGUGAAGAGUGAAAGUCUGCUGGAUGAGGACCUCCCACCGCAGCCAAAGAGACCUCACAUGCCGCCCGGAUCUGAGGAGAUGCCACACACACACACAGUCCUCACACACUCCCAGUCAGCACACACACACUCACACUCACACACACACACACACCCUCGCUCUCACCUGCCACCUCAGCAUCAUCAUCAGCAGCAGCCUCACACACUCUCCCACAUGACACACACACACCUGUCUCAGGCUAGCCCCGCCUCCUCUCUGGACUCUCCUGCGACCCCGACGACGGCUCUGGCCUCGCCCGCCGCCCCCGCUCCCACACACACCGAGCACACGCACGCACACACGCACACACACACGUCAUCGUCCUCGUCCUACAGCCACAGCGGACACUCGUCGCCGUACGCCGAGCAGCUGCAGCCGUUGUCUCUCACCACCAAACCGCACCGGACGGGUCUGAGCAGGAACCCGGCGACCCCCGGACCCUCCACGCCUUCCUCUUCCUCCGACACGCCCACCCCGUCACCGCACACCGCUUCCUGUUCCUCCUCCAGGAGCACGCCGCCGCCGCCGCCCUUCCUGCUCCCGCCUCCUACCUCCUCCUCGCACCAAUCAGCAGCCUUAAAUCAGCCGUUCUCUCUCAGGCGAGCCAAUCACCUGUGAG